AUGGCGGCUCCUGUCAACCUGAAAGAUCUCACCAUCGAUAACAUCACCGAGAAUGUUCACGCUAUCAACUCCCAGUGCAGCAAUCUGCGACUGAAGUAUAUACUCGAGCGAGUCGUUACACAUUUGCAUGACUUGGCAAGAGAAACAAGACUAACUACAGACGAAUGGAUGGCAGCUAUCCAAUUCCUGACGCAAGUUGGCCAGAUCUGCACUGAUGUCCGCCAAGAGUUCAUCUUGUUAUCUGAUGUCUUGGGCUUGUCUCUCCUGGUGGACUCAAUCGACCAUCCGAAACCCAAAGGCAGCACUGAAGGCACAGUUCUGGGCCCAUUUCACACUCAUGAGGCAGAGCAUGUCAAAGAGGGAAGUCUGAUCUCCCAAGACUCAGACGGCGAACCUCUUCUUGUUCUAUGCACUCUCAAGGAUGUCAAUGGCUCGCCAAUCCCCGGAGCCAAGAUUGACGUCUGGGAGACCGACUCCAAGGGGUUUUACGAUGUUCAACACGCUGACCGUACUGGCCCAGAUGGAAGAGCUGUGUUGACAAGUGACGAUAAUGGUGACUUUUGGUUCAAGGCCAUUGUGCCGGUGCCAUAUCCUAUUCCUCAUGACGGACCAGUCGGGAAGCUACUGAAAGUACUGGGCCGGCACUGUUACCGACCUAGCCAUAUGCAUUUUAUGUUCAAGAAAGACAGAUACGAUCCUCUGAUCACCGCACUCUACCUCAAGGACGAUCCUUACGAGACUACCGAUGCCGUGUUUGGCGUCAAGGAUUCGUUGAUUGUCACCAUCAAAAAGGUUGAAGAUGAAGAAAUGGCAAAGAAAUAUGGUGUCAAAGUUGGUUCUGCAUUGAUGACUUAUGACUUUGUUCUCGUCUCGGAUGAAGCGGCUGCGAAACUUCGAAGGGAGAAGGCUGAGGAGGCAAUGGCGAAACUGGGACGGAAGUUUAGAUUCAUUGAUGAUCUGCCUGUCCCAGAUGUUGAUUAG